AUAGCCACUGCUAUAUAUUCCUUUCUUUCUUUCCUUUUGCUCAUCGAGAUAUUCACCAAACAAAGCUUGUAAAAGAGCUUGCAUUGUUUGGUAUCUUGUCUCCACUGUCCACUACUCUCUGCAUCUAAUUUUUCAUGCUUAUAUAUCUUUUUGGGCUUUUAGUUUCUUAGUUCUUAGUCGGUUCUUGGCUUCUUGCUUCUUUCAUGGCUCCUUCUGUUUCUCUUCGCCUUUUGGGUGUGCUACUUGUUUUGGCAGGCAAUGAGGUGAUGAUUGCACUAUCAAGAAACUCGGAUGGGAGAGAUACGGUGAUGGAGGAAGAGGAGCUUUUGGGACUUUUUAAGGUUUUUGGUGCUCUUUUGGAUGAUCCUGAAUGGGCUCGAGUGCACCCACAACCAUGCACUGACACUCCAUGGCCUGGUGUUCAAUGUGAGCUCACUGAAGACCCUCCAAUCUUUCAUGUCACAAAGAUUCAUAUUGGCCCUGAUAUUAUUAACCCUCCUUGCAAAACUACUGCUCAUCUUUCAAGUUCCUUGCAGAAGCUACCUUACCUUAAAGUUCUUUCUAUUUUUAACUGUUUUGUAACAUCUGAUCCUGUCAUUCUUUCUCCUACUCUUUUUGAAACUUUAUCUUCCUUGGAGCAUCUAGCUCUUGGUUCCAAUCCAGCUCUCUGUGGACAGAUACCCUCAAGUUUAGGACACAUUGCCAGCCUAAGGGUUCUGAGCAUGUCCCAGAAUAAUCUACGAGGAAAUAUCCCUCAUGAGCUCGGUGGCUUGUUAAAUCUAGAGCAACUUGACCUAAGUUACAAUAAUCUAAGUGGAGAAAUUCCUGAGGAGAUUGGAGGGCUAAAAAGUUUGAACAUUUUGGACGUAAGUUGGAAUAGUCUUGAAGGGCAGGUUCCUCAUUCUUUGGGUCAGCUUAAUCUUCUCCAGAAAAUGGAUCUGGGCUCUAACAAGCUUCUGGGAAGGAUACCUCAAAAUUUGGGCAAGCUAAAGAGCUUAUUGUUGCUUGAUUUGAGCCAUAAUUUUAUGAAUGGACCAAUGCCUGUAACCCUCUCAGGAUUGGAACAGUUACAGUACUUCAUACUUGACCACAAUCCUAUAAAUUCAGAGAUACCCUUGUUUGUGGGGUCCCUUAAAAGGCUCGCAUCAAUAAGUUUGUCAGGAUGUGGGUUAACAGGCCCAAUACCGUAUUCUCUGUCUUCGUUGAAAAAUCUUACUGCUCUCUCUCUAGACAACAAUAGCCUCAUUGGGACAAUUCCUCCAAGCUUGGGGUCACUUCCAAAUCUUGAUCAGCUAAAUGUAAGCAACAAUCAGCUAAGUGGAGAACUACUACUCCCAGAAGAGUUCAUUGGAAGGCUUGGCGAAAGACUAGAUGUUAGAGGAAACAAUGGAUUGUGUACAAGCAACAAGAAAAAUGUUUCUAUCUAUCUAGAGACCCCAGUUUGCUUGGAUAAAAUUAGCAAUUGUCACCAUAAAAUUUGUCCUGAACAGAACCAAGAUGAGUCCAGGGGAAUGCAAUCUUCAUGGUACCACGGCAAGACAACAAGUUCAAAUUAUGGUGUAGCAUUUCCUGAUCAAAAGCUUCUUCCAUGUACUUUUCUUCUUUCUUUUCUGGCUUUCUUUUUGUAAAAACAUUUACAUACAUAUUUCUUUUUC